GCGGCUGUGGCGCGGUCUUCUAAGGCAACCGCACACUGGGGCCUAUAUUUUGAGGCUGAAGCCUAGCGGGAAGAAGCCAACGCAGCUACUCAGGUGACCUCACAGUGAUCAAAAUGGCUUCCACAAGAAGACCCUUUGACCCUCCACGUAGUGGUUUUGACUUAAGGGAUAUGUUCUUAGAUAGCUCGAGGAUGGAAGAGAUCAGAAACUUACAAGCCCGAAGUCUUGGCCAAGUGACACCUGGGCAGAGCAGAAUCUUAAAGAGAAACCAAAGGAUGGACGAGAAAUAUUUGAUGCCCAAAGAGGAGGCCAUGGCAGGGAGGGGGGUGAGGCUGGGCUUGAGGCCUCCCACCAUCUCCUCCAAGACCAGAGCCAGUGAGGCCCUUAGGAAACUGGCCCAGAUUGAAACCAAGAUCCUGAAUCGGAAGCAGGUGCCCAUGACUUGGUCUGACGUGGAGUCUGACUCCACAUCCAUCGAGCAGAGUCUUCCUAAGAGAACAGGUGCAGCUUCUGUUUCUUCCCAGUACCCACACAGAACUUUCCAGAAACAAGUGAACAGAAUAUGUGUGUCAAAGAGCGAUGGGCCGAGUGGCAACGGUAGCAGGUUUCUGAAGAAGAAGGAGUUGCCCACUGAAGCGAGGUCCCCAGGGCUGGCAGUGGGGACAGGGAAGCAAGCUCUGCUGCCCACAAAGAAAGAACCUGCCAGUAACGACGAGGAGGAAAUGCUACUGCUUGGAAGCUUGAUGGAAUCUUCUCGAGAAAAAGAAACAAAUAGAAACCAGGAGCUCCCUGGCUCCAGUGUCAGCAGGAGCAACCUUGGAAAGGUGUUCUUGGAUCCAACUCCAGAUCAGCCAGGAGUCCUGUCUCUACUCAGCGUUGACCAGUCCAGCUUAAAGUCUCCUCGGCCCAUACAGUCGACUAGCGUUGGCUGGAGAACUCACUCCCGACAGGCGAGCAGUGCUGGGGACACAGGCUCCAUCACAGCCUCACCUCCCAUCCUUGAUGACUUCUCCAAAUCAGUAUCUUCAGAGAUGGGAUGCAUCAAGCUGGCUUCCUCCCCCAGCAGGAUGGAGUUGGAGUCUUCUGAGGAACCAGUCUCAGAAGCUGCUGCUGACAGCCUCCAUGAUUUUAGAAUUAAUAUUUUGUCCAUUGAUGAUCUGGUUCUGGCUGACGGAGACAAAUCAGAUGGGGAACAGAGAGAGGAAGACUGUGGAAGGGAAGGGAUUUCAGUCAGAAGCUCCCCACCCACAUCACCUACUCAACUGGAAGCGCAGAGGCCUACGUGGCCCAAGAAUUGUGUGUUUCAGGGCACAACCGCUGUGGUUGGGGAUGAAGAGGACCUUACCACUGAGAGUGAGGUCUCAGAGCCCCUGGGGGCCAGCUCCACAGCAGCUGUCCAGUCUCACAGUAUGGCCAGGGCACUCACUGCAAGCCCAGCUUACUCAGAGGAUUUUGAGCAGUUCUCUGGUCCCUUGGCCUUGGAGGAGUCGCUUGACAGGACGCUGGACACUUUGUCAAAGUUUUCUUCCAGUGGUCAGACAGAUAUCAUUGCCAGACAACCUCUAUCAAGGACAGAAUGGGGCAGGGGUGUGACCAGAGUUGUGAAGGAGACAGCUGUGCAGACACUUGACCCUGCCUUUGCCUACCAGUGGAGCGAGGCUGGUGGCAUAGCAGCCAUUGGACCUGCCCUUGGAAGUGCUUAUGUGGACCCAGCACCCAUCGCCAGUCACAUUGUCAGCGCAGACGCCAUAGAAGCCCUGACAGCCUACAGCCCUGCAGUUCUGGCGUUGAACGACAUGCUAAAGCAACAACUGAGCCUGACGCAGCAGUUCAUCGAGGCCAGCCAUCAACUACAUGGGUCCCUCCUGCGGUCCCUGGAUGAGGACUCAUUUCACUACCAUACCUUGGAGGAAGCAAAAGAGUACAUCAGGUGCCACAGGCCUGCACCCCUGACCAUGGAGGCUGCCCUGCAGGAGGUGAGGGAAGAGCUCCAAAUCCCAGCAAGUGAGGCUUGCCUGGGCACCUGUCCACCUCAGAAUCAAUGACAUCCAUAUGGAGGCAGGCAAGGUUCGGGUUCUCCCUGCUCAAUAAUAACCAUACAUGGACUCUUAAGCUCCCAUCUGCCCAGCUGGCUGCUCUGAGGAUACAGCAUGAGAACAGCUGAGAACCACCACAGUGGGUUCAGUGGGACAGUGCUGUGGUAUGGGGCCAUGAGCCAGUUGGACAGACAACAUGUGUCAGGCAUUCCAAUCAUCCAAGAUGGGACCAGCUGCCCCAUGGGAACACUCCAUGCCAGGUGCUGAGACAGGUGUGAGCCUGGUGCCUGGGCACAGCCUGCAUCUAUCCAGAGCAGCCUGCACAGUAUCUCUCAUCCACAGCUAGAGGAAAUCUUUUACAAAAGGCUUUAUUGGAAGGCAAAACAGUAAAAUCCACAAUUGUUAACAGCACAUGUGUGUCUGCUUGUUUAUCCUGAGUCAGACACAUCUGAAUGUCAUAGGUAUGGGAAAUCUAAAACAAAAAUCAAGUGUCUUAUAUGAUACUGAAAAAUUGUAGAGGACUCUGCAUUUUAUUUAUAAGAAUGUUUCAAAAGUUUGUGUACAAACAAUGGCACCAGGCUGCUCCUUCUGGGCCUCACCUCCCCCUCUCUGGGAAUGGCUAAGGAACCCAAAUUAAAUGAUAGCACAGGAGGUGCUGGCUGGAGCCCAGCACCCCAUGCUCUGUGCUGGAAUUGGCUUCUCCAGAUAGAAGCCCCAAGCUAAGAUGCUGCACUAGAUGGAGGAGCUCUGGACACCAUCUUCCCUGACCCAAGGGCGCUUAGCCCAGUGUCAGAAGUUAUGUCCAGGUAGUAGAGGCAAACAGCUAACAUUUGUGGAAAGGGAUGACAACAAUAAAAGUAACUGAUGAACUGAGUCAGGAGUCAGAUAAUCCCUGCCUCAGGGGGUCAGUAUUCCUUUUUCCUAACACAAAA